UUUCUACAGUGGUUGUAUCAGCUUGCAAUUCCACCAACAAUGGAGGCAUAUUUGUCUUUCUUCAUAUCUAAUGCUACAACCUUUAGAUAUACUUCCUCAUGUUGUAGUGACCUGACAACAAUUACAUUUUUUCUUUGCUACUUUAUAACUGCAAUCUUGCUAUUGUUGUGAAUUGUAAUAUAAAUAUUUACUAUUUCUGAUGUCCUAGGAAAUCCCUGUGAAAAUUCAUUUGACCCCAAAGAGACCAUGACUCAUAGGUUGAGAACUGUGGCUCUAAGUCAAAUGUUGAUGACAUCCAUCUGCAUAUGAACUCACAGUGACUGAGUGUCUUCUUGAUUUUCUUCAGUAGUCUAAAGAUUCCAGGUAUCAUACUGAAUAGGCAUGAAGAGAGUACACAUAUUUGUCUUCCUCCUGUUUGUAAUAGAAAUGCUUUGAGUUUCUUCAGGCUGAUAUUGGCUGUGGGCAUACAAUAAAUUGAUUUUGUUAUGUUAGGAUUUUCCCCUUUUUUUUAGCCACUUUAGGGCUUUUAUCAGAAAUAGAUAGAUUGGAUUUUUUUUUCAAAAGCCUUCUUGUUACAUAAUGAGAUGGACACGUGGUAUUUGUUUUUUGGUUUUUGAUAAAUUUAUUGUUGAUUAUGUUUAUCAACUUAUGUGCUUUGAACCUAUUAAAGGGACACUAACAGGCCGAAACACAGAAAACAUAAAAUCUGGCAGGCCUUAAUAUUCCCCUAUUCCCUUUUCCUAGAUAAAAUCCUCUAGAUUACAUUACUGAGGCUAGACACCAUGAUAUGUUUCCUUAUUUGGUCACAUCCUCUUCCUGAAGCUGACUAUCAAUGUCCAGCUAUAAAAGCAUUAAAAUUCAGCAAUCAAAAACAUACUUUUGCCUACCAUAAAUAACAUGUCCAAUCAAAAUUAAACACCUAAUCCUAAUUUAGAGCUUCUCCUUUCACUUUUUUAAACUGCUAUUUGUCUAUGGGCCAUAUCUCUCUCUCUCAGUCUGAAGGAAGCAGUCCUUUGUCCUUCCAGGAAAAUACCCUCCCCCUUGCUCUUUUCUCUUCCUCACUUGAACUCUAUCUCUGUCUCUUUUCCUAUUCCCUCACCUUUGUCUCCUUGGAACAAAUAAAUCCUUGUGCUGAGAACUUGGUCUUGGGUGUCCUUUGCUUUUACAUCUGUAUUAUACGGUACAUAUAUGUCUAAAUUUCGAAGAACUUCUAUAAUGGCUAUACCAGUUUCAAUUUUUGUUUACUGUUUUUCUUUGCCUACAUUUUCACCUGAAUUUGUAGUCAUUUUUAUUUGGGAUCUUAGUCUUUCUGACUGGAGUAAAUGUAAUUACAAAGUGAUUUUAAUUUUCAUUUCCCUGAAUGCUAAGGAUGUUGAACAUUUAAACAAAAUUAUCAGCUUCUUUGUUUCUUUUUAAAAGAACUCUGUUAUUUAAAUGUCUCAUUUUAUUUAUUUGAGUUUAUUACGUUUUAGACCCCAACUCUCUAUCAGAAGUAUAGCUGGCAGAGAGUUUUCCAACUGUGUAGGCUGCCUCUUUUUAUGAAUAUGAUAUCUUUUAUUCUACAGAAAAAUUCAUGAAGAAGACUCUUGUUAGUUGCUCUUGGUUUCUGUACUACUGAAAUUUGUUUAGAAUGUUCUUCCUCAUGUGUAGAAAAUUGAAGCAUAUGUGACUCUGUGUGUGUUUGAACAUAUGUGUGUGUAUGUGUGGAAGUGGUGGGUGUGUAGGUGGGUGUAAGUGUGGGUAAACGUGUGUGUGUGUGUGUGUGUGUGUGUGUGUGUACCUAUGGAGUCUAAAAGAGAGCAAUGAAUUCAUGGUGCAUGAGUUACAGGUAGUUGUAACCAUGCAACACAGGUGGCAAGAAAAAAAAAAAAACUCAUGUUUUAUAAAAGAUAAGAAAGCCCCCUUAGCUGCUGAGUCAUACCCUAUUCCAAUUUUAUUUAUUAUAAACAAGGUCUCUCACUGAAACUAACAGAUGUUCAAAGUUAGUGGAUAGCAAGUUUCAUUGACAUCUUCCCCCAUCCCCCCAAAAGGAAUAGGGUUAUAUUUGUGGACUGGGUCGUGACUGGUUUUUAACAUGGAGAUUGGAACUCAGGUUCUCAUGCUUGUGUAAUAAGUUCUCUUAUAGAUUGAACCAUCAUCCCAUCCUUCAAAUACAGUAGAUUCAAUCAAGGGUAAAAAUAUAUCAAUCAUACUUCUCUGAGUAUACAAAAAUCAUAGCCUGGAAAGAAGAGUUAUAUACAGUUUGCUAAUGUCAUGAAAGGAUUUAGACUCAACCUUGAGGUGUACUUUGAUUUUAAGAACCACCUAUGAGGGUUAAAUGUCAUUUUCAUGAUGCAUGAGGGCAUUUCAUAUGCUAAUCAUGUUCAUAUGUGGUAAACUGUAGGACCAGGUAGGAUUGUUUGGAUCUGAAUGAGUCAUGAAUGAUAAGUCAUGUGAACUGAACAAUCCACUUACAAAUUUAUCUGUCAAUGAACUAUCUAGAGAGCAGCUAUCUUAGAAAAGUGAUUUUGGCUCUGUUUCUUAUAUUUCUCUCUUCUGUAUUCAGAACUAAUGUGCCAUUAGGGUCAGUUUGUAGGGUCUCAAGAGCUCAAGACCCUUCAGAUGCAGUUUCUUGUUUUGGUGCUCACAGCUACUAGAACUAUGAGAUGAAUAAUCUUAUUAUUUGUAAAUUCUUCAACCACAUAUUUGGCUAUAAUAAUAAAACAGAAUUUAGGAAAUCAUUCAAAAUAAUUGGAACUUUGGGGAAAAUAACUGUGUGUCAAACUGCUUUUAAAAAGUAAUGAGUUUACUUUCUCUCAAGAGAUCACCUUCCUCUGGGUCUAUCCUAGGGGGAUAUUUAAGUUGAUCCAUUUACCCAAGGAAAAUAUAAGGGAGAAUUCUAUAAAUCUUUUAGGUUUAAGUUAUUUGCCAUGUUGCUUAACACCCACAUACAUAGUGCUCAGGUUUUAUAUAUGAAAUGCUGCUGAAAUAUUUCUGUUCAUACUCAGGUUGGUAACAAAUGGGUAGAUAAAAUAAGUUUACAUCUUGAUUUCAUUUAUCUUUACUCAUUAUAGGCAUACUUUAGAAAACUGUGUAUAAAAUGGCUAUAGACAAUAAAGCAUAGAUUCCCAGGACUCGUGGAUUUUGAUAAUUACCUUUUAUUGUUGGGCUGCAUUUAGUAAUUAUGUUUAUUUUAAUUAUCAUAAGAAAUGUUUGUAAAAACAUACCUUAAAAUUUAUAUUAUUAAGUAGUACUGACUGGCAUAUACUAAACUAUUAAUUUAGUAACAUAUUGAAGAGAAGAGAAAUUAAAUCAAAGGAGACCUAGCAUAAAACAUGCCCACACUAGAAAAUAUGAUGUGGAAUGUGCACUCAGUGAAGAUCUGUCAGCAGACACAGACCCUUCAAGUAGAAUAUUCAUUGUUGCUUCAUACAUGAUUUGGAAAUGAAAUCCUCACAAUAUUGGUAAUUUGCUUCUACAUAGUUUUAUUCACUUAAAUAUGGUUUUGUCUUUAAAUGAUAAGUAAUUCAGUUAAAUAAUCUUCAAGUGCUUUCUUCAUUUUCACAAAGGUCAUACACCUGUGAUCAUAGAAUGAGUAUAUGAUUCCUGUAUUCAUUGUUUUUAUCUAUCUCCUGAUGAACAAUCUCUCUGGUUUUCCUGAAUUAAACUUUUGCCAAAUAGUAAUACCACAUCUUUAUUAUUAUUAUUAUUAUUAUUAUUAUUAUUAUUAUUCAUGUUUGGUCAGGUCAUCCUUGGUACCCCAUAAUCAGAUCUUACUUUUCAAGCAUGAAUUCCAUUAUUAAUAUUUAAAUAAGAAAUAGAAACUCACACAUGAAGCACUUAUACUGUAUUUAAUAAGAAAACAAAUGAUCUGCAGAUUUAUAAACCAUCUAUGUUCAUAAUUGUUUCUCAAAUAUAAGAAUAUUUUUAUUAUAUUCUAACAGAUUUUAUGAUAAAUAAAAGCUAUAUUCUAAGACAAUUAUUUAUUUUAGUCAUUUAUUUAAAUUUAUUUUUGUAUUUAGCAACAAGGUUUCAUAUUGCCCAGGGUGAAUUUGAACUCCCUGUGCAGCUACAGAUGACACUGAAACCUAGCGUUCCUGUCUUAUGCACCAUUUGAGUAUUGGGAUUACAAGCUUUCCAGUUUAUAUGUUGGGAGGAAUCAAUACAGAACUCUUUUUUUUUUUUUUUAGACAAAUCCUCUGUGUCAUAUCAUGUAAAGUAGCUUAUUUAGAUUUUAGAUGGCUUUAUGCAUACUGUUACUUUUUAGUUAAUUUUUAAUUAAACCAGUUAUCACUAAUCAAAUAAAAAUAAAAAUUAUCUCAAAUUUUUAUACUAAUCAAAAUUAUCUUCAAUUUCUGUUAAUUAGUCAAAUAAUCUAGAGUCAUACUGAGUUAUUCUGAGUAAUUUUUGUUGGUAGCCUUUCCUACUAUAAUUGAGUAAAUUUUCUUCCUAAAUUUAGUAAGUGAAAAGCAAUUGGUAUCAUUGUAGAUGAUACAAUGAUGUAGAGUCUAUAUGUUUUCCCUUAAAUAUGAAAUUUUCUCUCUGUCUUGUUUUGUACUUUUCCUUUUCAGAUUAGCUAGUGACUAGUGAGAACUUAUAUAUCACACAACAAAAUGAUAUUCAAGAUGGCAUAAUGCUACAAGUUUCAAUGGACUUGUCAAAAUAACACUUGUUUUGCACAUGGCAUUUAUUCAUCAGAAAGUAGAAUGAGUUCAUUAUUCCACUUUGCACCCUGUUUAAAAGCUGCUUCAAGAUCUCAGUAGAUAAAACUAUGUUUUGUAGGAUGUGAAUGUCUAUUGUUUUAGUGGACUACCUUCAUUAAUAUACUGACUUUGUAAGAUUGCAUAUGUGCAUGUAUAUAUCUAUGAAUUAUACAAGUUUGUUAGUUAAACAGGAAGAAUAAAUUUAAUGGCAUUCUUUUUUGUCCACCUAUUGUCCUGGAACUCUGCUAGGUGGAUAGUGCCUCUUUAGGAAGCUAAGACAAUUUAAAAUCUCCUCCUAUUACUCAAUGAAAAAAAGUACUGAAUUUUAUCUUCCAAAAUGUUAGGAAUAGCAGCUAAGAUUCCACCAUUUCUUCAGAAACGUUAAUUUCAGGUCAGUAUUGGAUGAACAUGACCAUGACUACAGCACAUGGUCAGUGGAGAAAAGAUGAUCCAAAGUUCCAGUUCACCAUUAGAUACAUACAAGUAUGAGGCUUGCAAGGGCUCCAAGAAAUGUGGCUUAUGUUCCCAUAGAGAAGAAAUACAAUGUGACAUUUGUGAAAUGUUUUCCAGAAAAUGCUUAAUCCGCCAGGCAGUGGUGGUGCAUGCCUUUAAUCUUAGCACUUGGGAGGUAGAGGCAGGCAGAUUUCUGAGUUUGAGACCUGGCUGGUCUACAGAGUGAGUUCCAGGACAGCCAGGGCUACACAAAGAAACCCUGUCUCGAAAAACCAUUAAAAAAAAAAAAAAGAAAAGACAGAAAGAAAAUGCUUAUAUGCUUAUUCCUACUAUGAUUAGUAUGAUUUAGUUGGUAGUAUUACUACAAUUUAGAAUAAAUUUGUAAAAUAUCUAGAUAUAUAAAACACUGAUAAUCAUUUUUAAAAAUAUUACCCGCUAAUAUAAGGAAUGUUCUGUUUAGAAAGUAUUUCUGUACAUUGAUAAGUCUAAUUUUUUUCAUUUUAGUUUUAUAGACUUUGAUAAUUCAUAUUAAGCAGAAGUGAGAAGAUGCUCAAUUUCACAGAUGUGACUGAAUUUGUCCUUUUGGGAUUAACCAGAAGAAAAGAACUGCAAGUUCUCUUCUUUGUCAUCUUUCUCAUGGUCUACAUAGUUACCAUGGUGGGCAACAUUGGCAUGAUGAUAUUAAUUAAGAUCAGUCCACAGCUCAGUAGCCCAAUGUACUUUUUCUUGAGCCAUUUGUCAUUUAUUGAUGUGUGGUUUUCUUCCAAUGUCACUCCUAAAAUGCUGGAAAACUUGCUGUCAAAGACAAAAACAAUUUCUUAUGCUGGCUGCUUAGUACAGUGCUUCUUCUUCAUUGCCCUUGUUCAUGUGGAAAUCUUCAUUCUUUCUGUGAUGGCUUUUGACAGGUACAUGGCAAUUGGAAAGCCUCUGCUCUAUGGCAGCAAAAUGUCCAGGGUGGUUUGCAUUCGACUCAUUUCUUUCCCCUACAUAUAUGGGUUUCUGACUAGUCUGGCUGCAACCUUAUGGACUUAUGGCUUGUACUUCUGUGGGAAAACUGAGAUCAAUCACUUCUACUGUGCAGAUCCACCCCUCAUCAAGAUGGCCUGUGCAGGGACCUUUGUGAAAGAAUAUACAAUGCUAUUUCUUGCAGGCAUUAACUUCACAUAUUCCUUGAUUGUUGUCAUCAUCUCCUACCUGUUCAUUCUCAUUGCCAUUCUCAGAAUGCGCUCAGCAGAAGGCAGGCGCAAGGCAUUUUCCACCUGUGGAUCUCACCUUACAGCAGUUGGCAUAUUUUAUGGCACUCUCAUCUUCAUGUACCUCAGACGACCCACUGAGGAGUCAGUGGAGCAAGGGAAGAUGGUGGCUGUGUUCUAUACCACAGUGAUCCCCAUGUUGAAUCCCAUGAUCUACAGUCUGAGGAACAAGGAUGUCAAGGAAGCCAUGGACAAAGUGAUUGCCAAGAAGUUCUUAACAAAAUAAAUAAAACAUUUCCUGUUUUGUUUUCUAUUGUUUGUCAGGAAAAAAAUGGUACUAUGUCAACAAUAAGAAUAGGAAUGUUAAGAUUCUUCAUGGGUAUGGAGAAUAAAAUGUGGCAAACAGUUAAAUAAGUUAAAGUAUAACAAAGUGAAUUGUGAAUUGUUGAUGAAUGCAUUGAAAAUUGAUUCCAAUGGAUAAAAUACAUGUAAUGACUCUAUUUGGAACUCUUAGGCAAGUAGGUUAAAUAUUAAUAUACUUAAAUAAUAAUGUAAAAUACGUUAUUUCUUAUUUAAAUGUGUAUUAGGUAAGUCUCUGAGGUUCUUUUCUAUUUAGAAAUUGAUUUUGGCAGGUAUAAGAUAACAUAUUUAAGUUAUGUUCUUAUAUGAGAACAGGAGUAAUUUUGUACUAUGCUUAUUGGCUUGUUUUUCUUCACAGUUUUUUUUUUAAGUUAGGGUAUGUUUUAUUUAAUUAGUAUAAUUUUAAAAUUAAGACCUUGACCUGUCUAAUGCCUUCGUAGAUAUUUUUAGACACAGUAAGUUUCUCAUUAUCUUUCUAUACUUCCAUUUUUAAAAUUCAUGAGAUCAUAUAUUUCUUUUCUCAAGUCACUUUGUGCUAUCUAUAUCAGAUUGAUAAAAAGGCAGGUAGUAGUUGAGAGUAGAUAUGUACUUGUAUAAUAUAUGUCCUUUUGAAUUAACUUAGUAAAUUAAGCUGGCAUUCCUCUAGACUGUUUUGUCAGUCUCUGGUACUAACUUAAGUUUUGCACUAGAAUUUGAAAAAAUUAUUCAGAAUUAUUAAUGUUUUAAAAAUUGUAUUGGAAUCUGUCAAACAAAUUUAAUGCAGAAUUAUAUAUUUCAUAUUGUUCUCUUAAAUAAUACAAGAAUGUGAAGAUAAUUUAACAGCUUACUUUAUUCAAAUUUAUAUUCUUUAAAAACAGCUUGUGGUAUAGAAAUACACAGAUAAACAAGUGUAAAUUAUGUUGCAUAUUUUCUUCUUUUCAGUUUUUUUCUUGAGCUAUUACAUAUUAUGUCAUAAUUUAUUGGUGCAAAUGUGGUCAUACAAUAAACUUUAUUUAUAAUAAGCAUGAA